AUGUUCUCUCAGAAACCAUAUUCCGCCGUUACGGUGAGCAUUGAGACGCUGACCGCCGAGACAUACGAUGAAGAUGACAUGAGUGGCAUCCCAGACCUUGUGGAAGUCAUCAAGCUGCAAGCUUCGGGUCCCGUAGAGGCUGCCCGCGCCAUUCGCAAGAAGCUCAAGUACGGCAACGUCCAUCGCCAGCUCAGAGCUUUGACCAUCCUGGACGGCUUGAUCCAAAACGCUGGCCCACGUUUCCAACGAGCUUUCGCCGACGAGCCCCUGUUGGAACGACUGAGGGUCUGCGGAACCUCUGAUCUCUCUGAUCCCGACGUCAGAAAGAAGUGUACCGAGUUGUUCCGCAGCUGGGCUCAGUACAAGAGCACGCCAGGCUUGGAGCGUAUUGCGAAACUGCACCAGGAACUACCCAAGCGCAAGGUUGCUGUGACUCAGGAGCGAUCCAAAGCUGUGCGGGAGACUGAGAAUCCUUUCGGGGAAGAGGAAGAGGACAAGCCUCCUUCGCCCACCACCCGUGCGGGCGAGUCAUCCAGACCUCAGCAAACGCCGUACCUGCCUUAUGGCAACACAUCCAAUGUCACCAACUCCUUUAGCCACUCCAAAUCCUCUUCCCAUUCUGGCGGCUCCUUCUUCGGGUCGUCAAAGGAUAAGAAGAAGAAGGACAAGGACAAGAAGAGCAAGCGCAAACCCUUCAACCUGGAACUGGAAAAGGACGCAAUGAAGAGCGCGAUUGCUGAAAGUUCCAUCGCCACAACCAACCUGACCAACCACCUGCAGAGCAUCAACCGUGAGAGGGAACGGAUCUCUGAUAACGCCCAAGCUGUCCAGCAGUUCGAAAGCUGCAAACAGCUUAGACGAAAGAUCCUUCGUUAUAUCCACCACAUUGAAUCCGAAGAGUGGCUCGGCAGUCUCCUUCGCGCCAACGACGAGCUUGUCACGGCGCUCAUGACGUUUGAGCAGCUCGACCGCUCGAUCGACGCCGACAGUGACUCCGACGAUGAACUUGCCGAGCAAGCUCACAUGUACCGAAUGGUGACGGAAAAGGCCAAGCAAUCCAUGUCUCCGCCUCCCCCUGAUGUUUCUGGUCUGAGCAUCGGCAACACUCCGUUCUCCCGUCCGCCUGCUCCACCCCGACCGGUCCCGAUGGCGAGGCGUUCCCCGCCCGCACCGGCUCCGGCGAAGCCCCCGAGACCUCCUGUCCAGAAGGUUGUUGAGCCUGACUCGGAGGAGGAGGAAGACGACGAUGACCCUUUUGCCGACAAGAACGCCCUGGAGACGCCCGCGACCGAAAGAGCAGAGCCGAGAUGGUGA